AAAACAGUUGCAUGAAGAAAGUGGUAUAUUAAAUGUUUCAAUCUCAAGGUCAUGCGUUCUACGCCUACCACAUCUUAUCCAACAUUGAUGUGUGGCGGUGACUGGUGAUCAAAGAAACAGCUUCAAAUGUAAAUUCCAUGGCGCCCGCCAAAUCUCUCUUUAAAAGGGUGACCUACACCACCUUAUAUUUGAAAAUCACACACUACUCUUCAUUUUCUCCCUCCAAUCUACGCCCACAUCACUCCUCCCUCAUCAAGACCGGCUCUAUCCAUUUCCUGCACGUGGCUAACUAUCUCUUGAAGCUCUACCUGCACACCCCUGAUUUCGACUGUGCCCGCAACCUGUUCGACGAAAUUCCCCAACGAGAUGUCAGAACUUGGACCCUUCUCAUCUCCGGCUUAUCUAAAUUUGGCCAUCACAGGAUUGCUUUGGAUUACUUCGCUGCCAUGCAAAAUCAGGCAACUGUCGCUCCCAAUGCCUUCACCUUGUCCAGUGUGCUCAAGUGUUGUGCUUCCAUUCGUGACGAUGGCCUCCAGAUUGGGAAGGCGGUUCAUGGUUGGAUAAUCACAAGUGGGGUCGAUGUGGAUGUCGCCUUGGACAAUGCUCUUCUUGAUUUUUAUGCUAAGUUCCGUCAGUUUGAUUGCGUCAGAAGAUUCUUCGAAUCCAUGGAUGAAAAGGAUUCCACUUCUUGGAAUAUAGUCAUGGCUGCUAAGCUGAGGGACGGUAAGAUGGAGGAGACGCUUGAUUUCUUCUGGAGAUUGCCCAACAAGAGCAUCGCAAGCUGGAAUACUAUCAUUGAUGGGCACUUGCAACAGGGGUUGAAGGGGGAAGCACUUGAGCUUCUCUACGAGAUGGUUAAACUUGGAUAUGCUUUUGAUGUAGUUACCUUCUCCAUAUCAUUGGCUCUAGCGUCUUCGUUAAAGAAUUUGGAGCUGGGGAGGCAGACUCAAGGCCGGAUGCUUAGGACCGGGAUGAAAGAAGAUUCAUUUGUAAGCACUUCACUUCUGGACAUGUACUGUAAAUGCAGGGAAAUGCACAAGGCUUCUGUGGUUUUUCGAGAAUUGCUAACGAGACACUGUGAUGAUUUAAUGGCUCAAACUGUUUCUUGGAGCACAAUGAUAGCUGGCUGUGUUCAAAAUGGUAUGACACAAGAUGCCAUGCGUUAUUUCAGGUCCAUGAUUCUUGAGAAACUCGAGAUAGAUCUGUUUACUCUGACUACCAUCCUUGCUGCAUCUGCUAAUGGCGCUCUUUUGGAGCUCGGCCAGCAGAUUCAUGCUCAUGCGCUGAAACUAGGGCACAAGCAAGAUGUUUUCUUGUGUUCAUCCAUGAUUGACAUGUAUGCCAAAUGUGGGAAGCUAGACGAUUCUUGGUCAUACUUCAGGGAAACUAGAACUAGAAACGUCGUGCUCUGGAGUUCUAUGUUAUCAAGCUAUGCAAUGUAUGGGUUGGGCAAUGAAGCAAUUCAGCUAUUCGAGCUGAUGCAGAAGGAAGGUAUUAAACCGAAUGAAGUGAGCUUUCUUGGUGUUCUCACGGCGUGUAGCCAUGCUGGUUUGGUAGACGACGGCUGCAAGUAUUUUAAGAUGAUGACGGAUGUGUAUGGGAUCUGGCCUGGUAUUGAACAUUUUGUGUGCAUGACAGAUCUCUUAGGUAGAGCAGGACAUCUAAAGGAGAUCAAGGAUUUUGUUUAUGAGAAAAGGAUUGAUCAUUUGAAAGAGGUUUGGAAAGCAUAUCUAUCUUGUUGCUGGCUUCACAAGAAUGUUGAGAUGGCAAAUUGGGUGUCCAAGAAACUGCUUAAACUAGAUCCACGUCAACCCGACCCUUAUCUUCUCGCCUCAAAUACUUUCUCAGCUAACGACGUGUGGGAGGAGGCGGCUAAACUUAGGGGUUUGAUGCUGGAGAAGGAAGUGAGAAAACUUCCUGGUCAAUCUUGGAUCUAGCUGAAUAUCAUGUGCCAGUGCAGCAUUGAUGAGUAAAAGGGAAGCAAAUUUCUGCCUUUCCCACUUGGGUUUGUUGAGUUUGAUGUCCAACUUCAGAGCUUACUAAUAAAAGAUCUAUAGUUUGUAAGAAUAGUUUCCUUGUAGCUUAGAUCAACUUAGAUUGAGGUAGAGUUACAUUGCUAUGGACUAAUGUAACUUUUCCACAAACAGUUUUGAGGAAUGAAAUCUGCUUUUGAACCAA